UCUUUUUUGAAAUCUGCAAAUACACAUUUUAUCUGCUUAUUUCGUUUUAAAACUAUUUCCAUGUCGCAAGCUAUCUGACUUUGACCACGUAUCCCUCUUUUUUCUUAAACCUUAUUAUCGCACGGUGAAGCUGAUAAGAAAUUUAGAGAGCGAGAGUUUGGAGAAGAGAUGGAUGGAGAGUUAAGGAACUUCAUCGAGGUAUGGAUUUCAGCCAUAGCUUCUCUGUGUUACUGUUAUUAUGUAGCAUCGAGACUACCUAAAGGUUUCUUAAGGUUUCUCUGCGUCCUACCUGUUCUCUGCAUCUUUAUCAUUCUCCCUCUAAACCUCGCUGCUUUUCACCUUGUUGGCGUUACCUCUUUCUUCCUCGCCUGGCUCGCCAAUUUCAAGCUUCUUCUCUUCUGCUUCGAUCGAGGUCCAUUAGUAUCUCCGCCUCCCUCUCAUCUCUUCCACUUCAUCUCUCUCGCUUGUCUUCCCAUAAAAUUCAAAUCCAAAAUUAACAAACAAUCAUCUCCAUCUCCAAAACCCAGUCCCUCAGAAACCAACUUCAUAUCCGCCGUAGCCAGAUCACUCUUACUAGCUUUGAAAAUCGCUCUCGUGGUUAUCCUAUUUCGUGUCUAUGAACAAAAACCAGAUCUAAACAAGAAUGUAAUCAUGGCCCUUUAUUGCUUACAUGCAUAUCUCGAACUUGAAAUCGUUCUAGCUUUAAGCGCUAUUCCGGUUCGGAUCCUCUUCGGGUUCGAGAUCGAGCCCCAGUUCAACGAACCAUACUUAGCCACCUCGCUCCAAGACUUCUGGGGUCGCCGGUGGAACCUCAUGGUCACCAGUAUUCUACGCCCGACCGUAUACGAUCCCAUCAGACAGUUAUCCAGCCGUAUUUUCCGAUCAACGUGGGCCCCUUUUCCGGCCGUCAUGGUUAGUUUUCUGGUGUCCGGUUUCAUGCACGAGCUAAUCUAUUAUUAUCUCACUCGAGCGCCGCCCACGUGGGAGGUCACGUGGUUUUUUGUGUUGCACGGGAUUUGUACGGCGGUUGAGGUGGCAGUUAAGAAGGCGGCGGUAGCCCGCGGGUGGCGGCUUCACCGAGCGGUUUCCGGGCCGUUGACGGUGGGUUUCGUGGCGGUGACGGGCGUUUGGUUAUUUUUUCCGCAGUUAGUGAGGAACGGGAUGGAUGAGCAGGCGAUAACGGAGUUCCGUUGGUUGGUAGAUUUUGUUAAAGCGGCGUCGUUUUUAUCGUCCUCGACGUGGAGCUCCAGCCACCGUCCGAUGAGCCGUUUUUCGCCACGUCCCUCCAAGAUUUCUGGGGACGAAGGUGGAACCUCAUGAUAACAAAUCUGCUGCGACACACCGUGUACAAACCUAUCAGAUCGUGUUUGGGGAGCUCAUGGUGGGCCCCGGUUCCCGCGAUGUUCGUGACUUUUUUAGUCUCCGGUUUGAUGCACGAGCUCUUGUACUACUACGUCACACG